GCUACCUCACUGAUAUUGAAUUUAACACUCGAAUUGAACUGUAGUGUUAAAAUCAACUUCAUAAAAAUGUUUAUUCUUGAAUUUUUUUUUAGUUUGAUUUUUAUUGUCUCUCCACUUUUUGCUGAAGAUAAAUGUGAUAAAACUAAAUGUCCUGGUCCAUUAAGAUUUUACAAUGAAAUCAAGUGUAAACCAAUUUACAAAACUCCCGACGAAUGUUGUGCCGUGAAAUAUGACUGUUCUCAUAUUGAAGAAAGAUUCAAAUCAAAAAAGUGUUAUGUAAAUGACAACGUUUAUGAGAUCGGUGAGAUGUUGAAGGAAGAAGACUCAUUGCGCUGUUCCUUUGGCUGCAUUUGUUUAGAAAGUUUUCGGGGAUUGAUGGAAUUUACGUGUCCAAUAGUAGAUUGUUUUAAUUUGCCACCUAAGCCUGGAUGUUAUCGUGAAAUUUCUCCAGAUAAAUGCUGUCCAGGUGCAGAAAUUUGUCCUAGAAAUCCUGUAACUUGUCUUGUUGAUGGAAAAACAUUAAAAGAAGGUGAUUCUUUCCAACCAAAAAACAAGACAGAUUUCAUUUGUUUUUGUAAACCAGGAUAUAAAGGUGAAAAUGUUAAACCCUUCUGUUAUGAUCUAGAAGAAAAAUCAUGUGGCAUUGAACUCCAUAAUAACUAUGAAUUGAAAGAAAAAUGUGCUCCAAUUUAUCGUUAUCAAGAGCAUCCGCAAAUUUCUUGCAAUAGUUUUUUCAGAUGUCCUGAUGCAAAUGACAAACUUAUUUCCCGUUCAACAGAAGUUGAAAACCCUUCCAAUGACAAAUCAGAUACUUGCGUAUUUGGAAAAAUUGUCAUGAAAAUUGGUGACGAACUUAAUCCAAAAACGGACGAAAUGAGAAGAUGUAUUAAAUGCAAAUGUGAAGUACCACCGACUCCUACAUGUCAAGAAAUUUCCAAUAAACCAUGUGAUGUAUCAUAAACUGAUAGAUUUGUUUUAAUAUUAGAUUUAACAAAGUCUAAAAAUUAAAAAUAAAUACUUACUAAUUAGUUGGACUUUAGAAUAUAAAUAAUUUAAUUGUUAAAAAUAAGGGGAAUUGAUGAAGAAUAAUAUAUUGGAAAACUUAAGAAGUGUACAAGAAAUAAAUAAAUUUUAUAUUUAUCUUUAUCUAUGAAAAAUAAUAAUUAAUAAAUAAGGGUUUCAUUAUCUCUUUUAGAAUUCGCUUCUGAAAAAUAUGAAUUUAUUGUUAAUCACAUAUACUGUAAA